ACAAAAUGGCGGAUAAAUGAAAACUAAAAUACUCUUUAAACAAUAAUGUGGUUGUUUUGCGUAAAUCAAUAAUGAUAUCACGCAGCGUUUGGUGCAGACAAAUUAUUGAGUGAUCAAAGUCUUUAAGAUACUGCUCAGGAUGUGUGACGUUUGUUCAGAUGUUCUUGACAUUCUUGCAAACUUUGAAUACAGGAGUCAAAAUGGAGGGUUUCAUAUGGACAAGAAAGAAAUUUUAUCUUUUGUUCUUUAUGUGUGCCUGUGGCCUCAAAGACAAUGCAUGUGUUGCUUCAAAGACUAUCGCAACUUUGAGAAGCUUAACAGCAUGGUACAGGACUCCCUAAGUGUGGGGAUACGCUUGAUACAGACCCUUCCAGGCGACAGUGAGAAGGAAAUCUUGCAUAAGGGGGAAGAAAAUAAAGAGAACACGACAGAUGCUGUCAAGCCUAGUGAAGAGCAGCAGGUGACUGUGGAGACUGCUGAAAAGUCAGAGGUCACGGAGGAGGGAGGGGGUGGAGCCAUGGAGGUGGGCGGGGACGAAGGGUGGAGCAUGGAGGAGAAGGACAAGCUGCUGCAGUUUGUCACAAAAGUCUUCCUGAUGAACUUCCCUUCCUACAUAGCGUAUAAGCACAUUGUACACUCGUCACUAGAGGAGCUGUCCCAACAAGAGACUAGUGCUCUGAACAACUAUUGUGAAAUAUCAUUGUGUAUCGAUAGGAAUGCCACACAAAAGCUGAUGUCACAAGACCCUGAUGUGCCUCUGUUCUUGCUGAGGAACGUGUGUUUCUUCUGUGAUACUAACGGUAUUGGUGCUCUACGACAGUGCUUUGAGAAGGCCUCACCUACCACUCUUCCAUUCACGUUUGCGCACACGCUCAUAACACUUAUAGCCAAUUUGCGGUUGUGGAUGAAUAUCCCCACUGUGAUGCAGUGCAUUGUGCCAUUAAGGACAGCUGUGAUAAGAUACAUGUGUAAGUUGUCUGACAAAGACCUGCGUAUGGCCGGAAAUCGUAACAUGACUGACCUGAUGUGGGCGGCGGUAAAGGAACCACUUGAGACGCACUUCACAUUCGACAAGGAUGGCCUGGACCUGGCAUUUAAAUAUUUCACGUGUUCAACACUCACUAUACGUCUAGCUGGGAUCAACCAGUUGAAUAACCAGAUCACCCUGUACAAUGAAAGCUGUAACAACGAGACACUGAUGGAUGCUGAAAGAAACAGAUUUGAAGUAACAUACCGGGAAGGCCAGCAGUUGGCAAAAUGGCUGAUUGACAAUAAAAUCAUCGAGCAUAUCUUUGGGCCCAAUCUUCACAUAGAGCUGAUCAAGCAGAGUCAGAUCAUCCUAACCUUUCUGGCAAUGGAGGGAAGAAUCACCAACGAGCACAUAGACUGCAUCUGGGCCGCUGCACAGCUGAAGCAUUGUGGGAAGCAGGUGUUUGAGCUGCUGAUACCACUCAUCAAGAACCUUGAGCUGCAUCCUGUACAACACCUCCUGACACUGGUGUCUAGUCUGGAAAUAGCAGCACACACAGAGUCGACACUGUACCUGGCGUCUGCGUUGAUCAAGUGUGUCUGGAACACGUGUGCUGUUAGUCAGAGUCAGCCCCAGGCUUUGUUGUCCCCUCACCAAGCCUUGCGGAGGAGCAAGAGUGCAGAGGACAUUGACAUGGUUGUAGACAAGUCUAAAGGAUCCUCUGACAGUCCACUGGAGAGGGGAGAAAUUGCAAGAAAGCAACCUGGUACCCCUGAAGAAGUUGAUGUAUCAGGCAAAGGCUGGGAGCUAAAACUGAAGUGGAAACCAGGACAGAGGCGCAGAGUGCGUGAGCGUAAAUCUGAGAGUCAAGAGUCAGAUGAGGGAGAGAGCGUCUUGGACAGCGAAGAUGAGGCUGCCCAUGAAGAGGAGGGGGAGGUGGGGGAAGGUGUGGUAGUGAGGAAGUCAUGUGACUGCAGUAACCAUGGCGACCACGAGGGUGAGGCUGACAGCGGGGAGUCAGGCAGUGAGGACAUGGAGUCAGACGACUCCAGUGAGGGCAUGGAGGGCAUUGACAUUGAGUCACUUCAAAAGCUUCACCAGGCCCGGCGUAAGCAGGGCCAACACCAACACCUGCACCAUCACACGAGGAAGCACGCGGCCCAUGUGCAGCAUGUGCACAAACACGGCAACCUGGAGGGGGAGAGCUCCAGUGACCUUGACCCUGAUGAUGAGGAGGAGGAGGAGGAGGAAUAUGAGUACAUGGACUCAGACGAAGAAGAACUCUUGAAACAGCAGAAGUUAAAGGAGCUUAUGAAGGCACGCAGUCAGGAGCACAGUGAGGAAGAGUCAGAGUAUGAGGAGGAGGAAGAGGGGGAGGAAGAAGAGGAGGAGGAGGAGGAGGGAGAGGAUCCUACCCGGCAAGCACGUUACUACCAGGCUCACCAGUUGGUCCUCAGACGAAAGAAAGAAAUAGUAAUGGCCAAGAAAUCUCAGCAACAGCGAGAGAAUAGCCCCAGUGGCCUUGGCAAUGUGCCAACUGUUGUGGAGGAGGUGUCGUCAAGGAGACCACAAGGCGACCAGGGGCCAAGGACAUCACAGGACACAGACACUAGUGCUGUAGCUGCAGCCGUCAUUGCUGAAAAUGAAGUUAGAGAGACAGGCAACAAGGGAGAACAAACAGAAAUCUAUGACUGUUCCCACAUUGGUGAACCUUCUCCUAAAAAACGCCAACGCCAUACAGGGGCCUUCCAAAGUGGAGAGAUGAGUGUUGAUGAUGGCAGCUGUCACAGCUCACACCUGAGCAACAAGUCUGAGAAGAACAUGGCAGACUUUGACGGGGAGGACCUACAGAGCGAUGACGAGCUUUCGCAAAUAAAUGCACACGCACCCUUUGGACACCUGUCCAGUAUGGCGUCCAUGUACCACACACACAUGCCACAUGUAAUAAACCAGCGCCCACAGAAGGAGCCCCCUGCCCACUCAGCCAUGCUUCCAGCGUGUUCAGAUUUCAACUUUAAGGACGUGUGCAAGUCAGGCAGCACGCUGCUCUGGGACCUGGUGCAGGACGAUAAGGCUCACUUACUGCCCGAGGGUUUGGCCAUGGAUGCUGAAAAGGUGCUGUGUAGCCUCGUGUGCUUCUGUACGGACAGACGCAUCAAGAAGAAGUUUGUGGAGGCCUGCAUUGAGAACCUGGCCAACCACAGGUCAGUUGUGGUGUCGCUGCGUCUGCUACCGAAGAUCAUCUGCUCGUUCCAGCAGUACCGCAGUGACACCAACUGUCACCCCAUCACACAGUGGGCUGAGAAGGAACUUGACCUUAUGGCCCAUUUCUUCAUUGACCUCGUACACUACACGGAGAAGUACAGGGAACAUGGGACCCCCCAGAAUGCAUUGUACGACCAUAAGGAGGAGGUUCAAGUGAGACUGGCGUUCCUGGCAGCACUUUUUACUUCCACGUGUUCCACAGAUACAUUCCGAUUGAAUCUGGAGCAGGUGGACUCACUGUGGAGUUGCCUAGCAACAGACCCCAAGUGCUGCGAUGAUUGGCUGAGCUGGCUGCUCACACAGGCCAAGAGCAAGGACCAUCAUGCACUGUGUCUCGAGACCUUCAAACAUCUCUUCCUCGAAAAGAUGCCUCGCCUGAGUGCCCAGUCCAUGAGCAUGACCGGCCUGAACCUGUUCCAGCAGCUGUCCCAGCUCUCUAGGCUGGCCAACGCCUCCAGCGACAUAUCUCUGCCUGAAGAUAAGAUCAGUGGUAUGGACCAGCUAUGGGAGAUAGCUCUGCGUGCACUCAACUGUGACGUGAGCAUGACGGCCAUCCAGUACCUGAACGCCUACUACAUUGGUUAUGGCACGGGUAUGCUGGAGAAGGAGGAGGAGUUUGUAUGCAGAUGUAUGAACAACCUUGUACUGGCCACGGACACCAUUCUACAGGAUCCCGAGACCAGUCUCAUGGUGAUACAGCGCGGUCUGGUGCUUAUGAAGAACCACCUGGACCUGUUCAAGAGACGAUAUGCCUUCCAUCUGCGCACCUGGCAUAUCCAUGGCAACGGCAUUGUGAGCCACCAGAGGAGUCUGCUGGACAAGCAGUCCACCACCAUCCGCAUCUCUCUGCAGCCUGCUGGCAUGGGCGAGAAAACACAGCUUGAGAUGUCCUCUACUGACCUUGUGGCUGAACUGCGGGCGGAGGUCACCCAUUGGUGGGAGCAGCUCCAGAAGCAGCAGAUACUGGCCAAUCAGCAGAGAGAGGCUAGCGGCAUAGGGAGCAGCCUUCUUACGCCGAUACUCGGAGCCAUGCUGGGGGAUGGACCAAUCAGAAUGAUCAUGCUGGGACAGGAACUGACGUGUGAUGUGGACGAGAAGACACUGUCUGAGGUCCAGUUUAAGGACGGCCAGAUAUUGCUGGUGUCUGUGGGUGCCAGCAGACAGACGCGCAAGAUGGAUGGCUCCAUUCCGUCUGCUAGCUUACCGGUGCCCCCCAGGGACAAGCUACCCAUGAUGCUCCUGAACCAGGAACCAUACUUUGACAAGCUGUUCACCAUGCUGGAGAAACUGAGUCGGCUGGAUUUAGCUCCCCUGAAUAUGGAGAGCCAGGAGAGACUGAGCCAGCAGACGAAGGCCACGGUGCUGUCCAGGAAGGUGUGGGAGCUACUCAUGGUGCUGCCCACCAACCCGGACGUACUGGUGGGCUUCAGGAGCAUCACCCACACUCAGGAGACGUGUGCCAGCCAGAUUCCAGACUGGAAGAAGCUGCUUGAUCCUCACAGUCCACACAGACUGAUGUAUUCACUACAGAUAGUGGAGGGACUGUCAAGGGUUUCCAAACACAGAAGGAAGUCCAUGGCCCAUCGUGGAGGUGGUGAUUCUUAUACACCCAGCACAGAGUCAGAAAUGUCUGUAGAUGAGGACCAGUCACCAGAGGAACUCUGGAGCAGAAAGUUCAUUGAAAAGAAAGGUCUGUCUCACAUGUUCAGCAUUUUCAAGUCCGGCAGCUUGCAGAUGAAAGAGGAUGAGGCAUGGAGCCAGUGGGACCAGGAAUGUCUGGCAUUCCUUCUGCGACUGAUCUCUCAGUUCUCCAUCGACGCCUCCGACAUUGAGGCGGGCCAUGACGACGUAUUUGAGACAAGUUACGACAGCCCCAAGAAAAAACUGAAGAAGCAAAAGCAGCAGGAUAAGAUCAUCAUCCCCCGCCUCGAUCAGAGUGUUAUCUCCGUUCUAAAUGUAGAGGACGUGCUGAGAAUCCUUAUGAAGAUCUUGUAUGAUGCUGCCAUGCCCGUGGACUCCAACCAUAUGCAUGCUGGGACAUGGGGAAGGACUGAGGUUGUCCACUACUCGCUGUCUCUGCUCGUAUCCUGGGCAUUCUCGGCUGAGCAAGUGAAAGACUGCAUGUGCUCCUCCCCCAACUUUGACUGCUGGCUGAAACGCCUCACACUGGAGGCCCCGGAGCCCCACGUUCGUCGGGAGGCCUGUAUGGGGCUGUACAGACUGUGUUUUGGUCGCACUGCAGAGGGGAAGACUGGUUACCCAUUCUUGCUGCCUGUACUUGCCAGUCUAUUGAGCUUCUUGGCAGACGCUCUCAAAAUCAAGCCACAAAAGCGACUUGAUGACGAGGGAUCCCCCAAAGAGAAGGAGCCGUACGGGCCUGGUUGCCGUGACUACUUCUGGCUCACCUGCAGAUUUGUGGAGAGCAUCUCCAAGGCAGACGCCAACGUUGAGUCAGAUAGCCCUGUGAAUCUGAACACCCUGUCACGAGAUCUUAACCAGCACAUCUUGAAUCGUGAGUACUGGGAGACACGCCAUGGUUACGAGGAAGACGACGCCCUCUGCGGCUUGUUCAACCUUGCCACUGCUGUGUUCAGGCAUAACCCACCGUACAAGAACACUGACGAGUGUCGGGAGUUUCUCAGCGAGGUGUUUGAGUGUUUAUUUGCUCUGCCGUCUCCAAUCAAGCGUUACCUCCCUAAGUGCAAGAGUCAAGCCUCAAGGUCAGGGGCGUACGACCUGCUGGUGGAACUGGUGAAAGGAAACCUGGAGAACUACAAACUGCUGCAUUUAAAAAUGCUCAACCAACACACUAAAGACUCUCAUGCAGCCUACCCCUGGGACUACUGGCCCCACGAAGAUGGCCGCUCCAAGUGUGGGUACGUGGGGCUUACCAACCUAGGGGCCACCUGCUACAUGGCCACCUGCAUGCAACACCUCUACAUGAUCCCACAGGCACGGCAGUCUGUCCUACAGGCAAAAGUUGGCCAGCAUUCUCUGCAGACGAGGCAUGAGCCCACCCUGAUGGAGCUGCAGAAGAUGUUUGCAUACCUACAAGAGAGUGAGAGGAAGGCAUAUAACCCGCGUGGCUUCUGCAAGGUCUACACCAUGGACAAGCUGCCUCUGAACACUGGCGAACAGAAAGACAUGACCGAGUUCUUUACAGACCUCAUCACCAAACUGGAGGAGAUGGGACCCGACAUGAAAAAGUUGAUCAAGAGCUUAUUUGGUGGAGUGAUUACCAACAAUGUUGUGUCCCUGGACUGUGAACAUGUCAGUCGCACACUGGAGGAGUUCUACACCGUACGAUGUCAGGUCACAGAUAUGAAGAACCUAUAUGAGUCCCUGGAUGAGGUGACAGUGAAGGACAUGCUGGAAGGAGACAACAUGUACACCUGCUCCAAGUGCAGCAAGAAAGUCCGCGCUGAGAAACGGGCCUGUUUCAAGAAGCUUCCCAAGAUCAUAUGCUUCAACACUAUGCGCUACACGUUCAACAUGCUCACCAUGAUGAAGGAGAAGGUGAACACACACUUCUCAUUCCCGCUGAGGCUGGAGAUGUCACCCUACAUGGAGAAGAACCUAAUCUCGUCAGAUAAACUGCUGCAAGAUGACGAAGACACAGGUUUUGUGGACAGUGAAAUGGGAGGCCCAGACAAUGAGAACUAUGACUAUGAACUGAUAGGGGUCACUGUUCACACAGGAACAGCUGAUGGUGGCCAUUAUUACAGCUUCAUACGGGACAGGCUCAACAAGUCUGAGUCAGGCCAGGACAAAUGGUUCCUGUUUAACGAUGCUGAGGUUAAGCAGUUUGAUGCCAGCCAGAUAGCAGCCGAGUGCUUCGGAGGGGAGAUGACGAGCAAGACCUACGACUCGGUGACAGAGAAAUUUAUGGACUUCUCAUUUGAAAAGACAAACAGUGCAUACAUGUUGUUCUACGAGCGCUGUCCGCCUUCGGUGCAUGAGAAGAUAGCUACCACAGAUGACGAGAACAGUGGAGAGGCAAGGAAGAAGUUCAACUUUGAACUCUCAAAAGAGCUAGAACAGUGGAUCUGGCAGGACAACAUGCAAUUCUUACAAGACAAGAAUAUAUUGGAACACACAUAUUUUGGGUUCAUGAUGCAGGUGUGCUCGUACAUUCCCACCACCCUCCCCAAGACAGACCCUCUGCUGGUGGCACUCAAGUCCUCCCAGCUGAGCACAUCAUUUGUUCUGGAGACCUUCAUACAUGCAAAGGAAAAGCCCACCAUGGUCCAGUGGAUUGAGCUGUUGACCAAACAGUUCAACUCGUGUCAGUCUGCAUGUGAGUGGUUCCUGGACCACAUGGCCGAGAGUGACUGGUGGCCACAGCAGAUCCUCAUCAAGUGUCCCAACCAGCUCACCAGACAGAUGUUCCAGAGACUGCUGAUUCAUGUGAUCAACCGGUUGAAACCAGCACACUUAGAGCUUUACCUUCAACCCUUUGAAGAGAAUGAAGAUGGGGAGAUAGACAGGUCACAACUGGGCACAAAAUCCUGUGUGACAAGAUUCAUCAAGAAAAUGCUCUCUAUUCUGGAGCAUGGAGUGCGGCCCCACAGCAAGUAUCUCAUGGAGUACUUUGCCUUCCUGUAUGACUUUGCCAAGAUGGGCGACACUGAAUGCAUGUUCCUCAUACAUACGGGCUCUAUAAGCACCAUGGUGAACUUCUACAUGGGCCAGAAGGCACAGGAAAACUAUGUUGAGAUCCUGUCAGAUGAUGAAGAAGAGGAGGAGGUGAUAGCCAUCCCUGAUGAUGGCUACAAGCCCCUGUCCCUGGAGAAGAUGAUAGCUCUCAUAUCCCUCCUAGUGGAGAAGUCACGCGGCGAGGACAACCAGCUCCAGAUCUCUGACAGGGACUAUAAUGCCAUCAUUGGUGGAGCCAAGGGAUUCCCGUUUUUGUUCAGUCAGGUCAGAGACAACAUUAACUUGCGGCAAACAUGUAAUCUCAUCUUCAGCCUCUGUCGAUGGAAUGACAAUCUUGCUAAUGCUAUUGUAAAUAUGAUCUUUGGUGCAAUUAAGAAGCUUAAUCAAGAGCAAUCCCAACCAUUCUUCAAACUGAUGUCCCUGCUGGUAGAGUUUGUUGGAGGACCCCCCGGCAUGCCUCCAUUCACACAGCUCCUCCUGCAGAGAUUCUGGGAGCUGGCAGUAUGUAACCCAGUGGCGUGCCUGGAGUGGAUGGCCAACCAGGUGAUCCGUAACAAAAUCGCCAACAACUAUAUGCUCACACAGAUGGAGACCUGGGUAGAGCACUAUCUUCUCAAACAUAACAACUCUCGCGUGAGGAACUCUGCUGGGGGUCUGCUGAUAUCCCUGGUUCCCAGCAACCCAUUCAGACAACUGUUCAGGACUUCACGAAGUGUGCUUAGUCCUCAAAGGGAACUCACAAUGUCCAGUGAGGCCCAGAUAGUGCUGCACCAGGUGUUUGAGCACCUGCUGUCCCUGUUACCGCGGUGCCGUCACUAUGUCGACCCCCAGACACAUGGCACCACCAAACUCAUCUGUUACUUCACCGUCAUGCAGUACUGUCUAGUCUCCAAGCAAGAAAAACUCAUGUUUUCUUCACACUUCAAUGAUCUCUUUAGCCUCUUUCAACCAAAGCUGUCAGAGCCUCAAAUCUCAAUGCACCAUAACAAACAGGCUCUGCUCCUGUUCUGGUACCAGGCCUGCCUGGACUGCAGUGAGAAUGUGAAACUCAUCAUCAACAACCCCAAUGUGUGCAAGCAUAUACCCUUCACAUAUAUAUUAGCGGAUCAUGAGGACCAGGAUGUGAUGAUGUUCAAUCGUAUCACGCUUCCAGCCUACUACGGCCUUCUGCGACUGUGCUGUCAGCAGUCAAGGGCCUUCACACGCCAGCUUGGCCAGCAUCAGAACAUUGUGUGGGCCUUCAAGAACAUCACCCCGUAUCCUGGACAGUACCCUGGGGCAGUAGAGGAGCUGUUCAAGAUGAUGCGUCUCAUGGUGACGCACUACCACGACAGCAGUGAGGACGAUCUCAAGGCCAUACAUGCCUUCCGCCGCAGCACCAUACAGCUUUACCUGCAGAACCUGGAUGCACGUAGUGGCUGGCAGACACUCAUCUGUGCCUUGAAAAUUUUGGUGGAGACAGAAAGCGACCAUCUGAUUGUCCUCUAUACAAAGGGUCUCCAGAAACUGGGAGAGGCGUUUGUGACCCUUCACGUGAUGUACCACGAGGCCACGGCCUGUCAUGUGACUGGGGACAUUGUUGACCUGCUGGCGAUACUCCUGUCGGUGAUGAAGAAUGCCAGGUGCUAUGUGGAACAGAAGAAAGCCCCCCAGAUGAGUGAUGUAAAGACCUGCAUCCACAGCUGGGAGGAGAAGGGCACAGUCAUCAAGAAGCUGGUCACCCUGCUCAACUCCUACACACCCCCAGAGAUCAGGAGAAUGUCAAUAGAUGUUCUGAAGGAGAUGAUACUGCACUACCAGAGUGAGUGCAUCAAUGUGCUCAUCCCAAUCUUGUCCCAGGUACACAUGACCAACCAGGAUGCUAACAUGCCAUUGCCCAGUGGCCCCUACUUCCCCCACAGAGGUCAAAAGCCAAUUGGAUCCAAGGCCAACAUCAGGCCCCCUCGGCCCCACUUCAACAUGCUUCUACAUGCCAAUCAGUUGGAGGCAGCUAAGGGUGUUGAUGAGGCGUAUGACACGGCCAUGCAAGACUUCUUCAGCCCCUAUCACUCCAUGGUGGAUCUCAUGUGCAGAGUGGCGGUCAAUCAGCAGAUACUCACGGAACCAAUCAUAACCUUCAGUGCAAUGGUCGCAUAUGAAGGUGUUCCUUUGCAUUCACCAUACUUUGCAAAACUCUGGUAUGAAAUCUACCAUACAGAGGUUGACAAGAAUUUCAUCAAGCUGUUGUGUUCAAGCAAUUACUUCAUAGACUAUGUGGACGCAGUGCUAAUGGAUGAGAGAAUGUCUCUCAAUAAUCAGAACAUCUACCAGUUCUUCUGCAACUUCUUCCCAAAGGUGCAUGAGCAGGUAUUGAGUGACCAGGACCGGCACCUUCUAAACUCUGUUAUUGUGUCCAUCACUGCUGAGAAGGCCACGCUGGAGAACGCCAAGGACGAACAUGAGAUGAUGAGCAUUUUCAAACGAAUAGCAGGGGAUCUACGAGCCUUGCUGUUGAUAUUCUCCGUACAACCCCCUCGGUACAUCAACAAGGUGCUAUACGAGAGUCUGCACUACAUCCUGCAGGUGUGUAGGGAGUUCCAGCACCAGAGGGACGCUGAGGCUGCGAGUGAAGUGGCGCAGAAAGACCUGGACAAGUCCCUGGAGUGCCAGACCUCUGCUGAUGACAAGGACACCUCCAGGAGACGUCGUACAACAUCACAGGGGAGUCAGGAAUCCUCAGAGGAUACAGGUGAGACCCCGUCCAAACGUAGAAGACUUUCAUCAGAAGCUACAAAUGAAGAGGUAGCCAAUAAAGAAAAUAUAGAAGAAAAUCCCCCUGAAGCUAAAACAAGUCCCCAAAAAGAGGAAUCUGAGUCUGGUGCUAAAGAUACAACUGGUGAAAAAGAGUGUAAGUCCUCAGAGAAUGUUACUAAAAGUCAUGGAACAGGACACGAAAAAAGAAGAAAGGAACGGUCUGCCAGUGGACCACCAGACAUCAAGGACAAUCUAGGGUCACCACGACCUGUCAGAAGGCACGAAUCCCCUGAGCCAGGACCUAGCAGGCAGCCUGAUGAGCCAUGCCAGAAAAAGGAGAGGUCCGUGAGUGAAGCAGGUAUAGAUAGGCGUCGUAGCCAAGAUGGAUCUGUGUCAAGUUCCAGCUCCAAUAAAGCAUCUGGCGAUGAGGAAGUUCAGAAACCACGGCAACGAGCCAGUGAUAGGCCUGUGUGGGUGGACAUGGUUGCCAAGCAUAUAGAGUCCUUGUUUUCUUUUAUGAGGAAAAGUGACGAUGAUGAUAGUUGAACAAUGUGAUUCAGUAUUCAGUGUUAGCUUAACAGACUUAAAAUGGCUGACAAGGAAUACUGGCGUCUAUUUUUCUUAUGUAAUUGUAUUUGUUGUUAUUUUUAUGUAAACCAUUGCAUUGUGUUCCUGUUAGAUUAGUUUUGUUAAGUUGUUUUUUUGUAAAUGAGAGAAAUCAUGAAAUGCUGUCAGUGAUGUGAACAGAUAUUUAAAACCAGACAUAAUUAUAUGCUUCCUUACUACAGCCUGUAUUUAACGAUCGAUUCUCAUACUUACAACUGAAGAAUUAACUCACUUCCAAGGAAUAGUACUUCCGAGUUUACAUGUAUUUAAAGUGCAUUAGUUACGAAAGGCAUUUAUGUCAUCAAUUUAUUGUACUGGACAAGGAGUGUUGUUUGAGGUCUUGAAAAUGCACUAAAAUUUCAACAUUUAUGAAUUUUUGGAGCAUGACAGAUUUAUGAAAAAACUCUUAGAAUAAUGUCAAAGAAAAAUUGAUUGGUAUUUCAACCAAAUCAUAUGUCAAAGUUUAUUUUCAAAAUGUUUGUAGCACAGUAAACAGUAUAUUGUCUAAAUAGAAUUAAACCCAUUUACUGUUUGCCUUUGUUUUGCUUAAUUAUAUCUUUAUAUGUGUGAACUGUGCAGAUCUCAAACAUGAAUUGAAGGCCCUAUGCCACCAUCCAAAAAUUGUGAACAACAUUGCAAUGUCAUUGUUAUUGUGUUCAGUGUGUUGUGUGAUGUAUGCUAUUUUGCGCUUUGUCCUUAUGCAAAUCGUUCAGCUUUUAUGGUGAAUAAACUAAAGAACAGAAAUAUUUA